AUGCCCAUCCCUUCCCUGCCACUCUUCCUGGCGGCGCGACAGAGCGCCAAAGAUGACCCGAAGAAAAUCGCAGUAAUCGACAUAACCAAGAGGGAAUCAUUCACAUUCACACAACUUCUAGAAGAUGCAGCCACACUGAGGAAACAUAUCAUCGAAACCUUGGGAUUGACCGCAUCGGGAGAUCUCAAUGAGCAGAGAGUGGCAUAUUUGUGCCCUGCUGGCUAUGACUACGUUGUCACGAGCUGGGCAAUAUGGGCUGCAGGGGGAGUUUGUGUGCCGCUAUGCACAUCCCACCCGAUUAAAGAGCUCCUGUACACCAUCGGAGACUCGGAUCCAUCACUGGUUAUCAUCCACCCCGACUUCGAGCAGAUUGCGCCGGCCCUGCGCGAAGCAGUCCCCACCGGCAUCCCAGUUAUUAGAUGUGACCCUUUCGGAGAGAAUGAGGCGCCAUCAUUGCCCUCUCUCUCUCCGUCAUUCUCGCUCGACCGCAGGGCCUUGAUGAUUUACACCAGUGGGACCACAUCGAACCCGAAGGGCUGUGUGACAACCCAUGAAAACAUCACAUUUCAAGCUAGCUGUCUCGUGAAGGCAUGGGACUAUAGCCCCUCCGACCACCUGAUUCAUGUCCUUCCACUACACCACGUACAUGGUAUUAUCAAUGGCCUCACCGCCAGUCUCUUGAGUGGAGCCACCGUGGAAAUGCAUCCCAAAUUCGACCCGAAAGUCAUCUGGGAACGCUGGCAGGACCGCGGCUCCUCAACCAUGUUCAUGGCGGUGCCCACCAUCUACUCUCGUCUGAACGAUUACUUCGAUACUCAUAUACGUGGAACGGACGGGGAAGACGCCGCACGGGCUGGAGCAAAGGCUUUGCGUUUGGUGGUGAGUGGAUCGGCUGCGCUGCCAACGCCAAUCAAGGCCAAAUUCGCGGCAAUUACCGGCCAAGUCUUGCUGGAACGUUACGGUAUGACGGAGAUUGGCAUGGCUAUUAGCUGUGGAUUGGACGUCGACCGACGCAUCGACGGUAGCGUGGGGUGGCCGCUACCAGGCAUACAGGUGCGCCUGACAGAGAAGGAGACGGGGCGAAUUGUCGAUGCAGCCGACGAAGAUGGGAUAAUAGAAAUAAAGGGAAGGAACGUUUUCCGUGAAUACUGGAGGAAACCUACCGCAACCGCGUCGGAGUUCACGACAGAUGGAUGGUUCAAAACGGGCGAUUGCGCGAUCCGUGAUUCAACCGGCGCAUACUUUAUUCAAGGUCGGGCCAGCGUUGAUAUCAUCAAAACUGGCGGAUAUAAAGUUUCCGCCUUGCAGGUGGAGCGUGUUAUGCUUGCAUUGGACCAGAUUCAAGAAGUGGCCGUCGUCGGGCUGAAAGACGUGGAAUGGGGGGAACGAGUUGCUGCAAUCGUGAAAUUCCGCGCAGGUGCCCAAAUGGAGUUGCCAGCUCUCCGCGCAGAACUGAAGAAGGAGAUGGCGGCAUACAAAAUACCUUCGGUCCUGAAGACCGUCGAUACGAUAGAGCGCAAUGCCAUGGGAAAAGUAAACAAGAAGCUUUUGGUUCAGAAAUACUGGCCGGACAAAGCUUGA